CGUUAAAACAGCUCAACGGAGCUGCGCAGCACCAUGCAGUACACGGACACCGACAGCUAGCCUACCGAAAUGCCUCCCGAAGACCUCGACCCACACCUUAAUUCUCUACCUUGGGUGCUCAUUGUCGCAAUAUCUCACAGAUAGAUCAUGUAUUGACGGAAUGACUGUGACAAAAUGGCGGGGCUCUGAGUUUUACCUCUCUGUUUUGCUCGGUGUAGUGAGGCAGAGGCUGCGGAUCUUUUCUAAAGUUAUCGGUUAGCAGGGCGCGUGUGAAGGAUCGGAAUUAAAGAAGCAGUACAAACGCUACAGCCUCCAACAUGGAAAAGCAGCACUGUGAUUUGGAACGAGAUAAACAGUAUUGUGAACUUUGUGGGAAAAUGGAAAACCUCCUUAAGUGUGGUAGGUGCCGAAACUCCUUCUACUGUAGCAAGGAGCAUCAGAAACAGCACUGGAAGGAACACAAGCUCAUUUGUAAGGAGAUAGACAAGACUCACAUUCCUAAAUUGAAUCCCGGACAGGGUCCGCCGUCAGAGAACAACAAAACACAAGAGAAGAACCAAGAAAAGAAAAGCUCACAACACGCGGACCCGGCAUCCUUACCGCAAACUACAAACACAGAAGCACCUGAAGUCAAGGAUAAAGCGGGAGAAGACAGUUCCAGCACCCCCACCACACCUAACGGACAGUCUAGCUCAUCCGCUCAGAAACUUGCUAUCGAGUACAUUAUCCCGUGCAUGAACAAGCACGGUAUCUGGUUUGUGGACAAUUUUUUAGGGGUAGAAACUGGACUGGGUAUUUUGGAGAAUGUGAAGGCCCUGCACAAAACAGGCAAGUUCACAGAUGGCCAGUUGGUCAGUCAAAAGAGUGACUCUACUAAAGACAUCAGAGGGGACAAAAUCGUGUGGAUAGAUGGGAAUGAGGCAGGCUGCGAGAGGAUCCUCUUUCUAAUGAAUCGUAUGGACGAUCUAAUCAGACAUUGCAAUGGCAACCUGGGAAACUACACUAUAAAUGGAAGGACAAAAGCAAUGGUGGCGUGUUACCCUGGAAAUGGAACAGGCUAUGUGCGCCAUGUGGAUAACCCCAAUGGUGAUGGGCGGUGUGUCACAUGCAUAUAUUACCUUAAUAAAGAUUGGAAUGCCAAGGAACACGGCGGCCUUCUUCGAAUCUUCCCAGAAGGAAAGGCCCAGUUUGCCGACAUAGAGCCAAAAUUUGACCGUCUGCUGCUAUUCUGGUCGGACAGACGGAACCCUCAUGAAGUUCAGCCCGCUUACGCUACAAGGUAUGCCAUCACAGUUUGGUAUUUUGAUGCAGAUGAGCGAGCCAGAGCUAAAGAAAAGUACUCAACAGGUGGAGGAGAGAAAGGAGUAAAAGUUGAACUCAACAAAUCAUCUGAUCCCAGCUAGUAGGAUAACCGCAUCCCCAGCUAAUAGCCAUUAAGUGCUCUGUCCUAAGAAAAGGGCCUCUAGAAAGUGUGUGUAUGUAUGUGUGUGUGUGUGUGUGUGUGUGUGUGUGUUUUACUUGACAACACAGCAGACUUUUGCUCAAGUGGGUGCAACAUAAACCUAUAAAUAAAUGGUAAUUUCUGUUCAUUUUCAGUCAACUUGGGCAACCCAGCAGGCCUUGAAUGUCAUAACAUUGUACUGAAAGGGAUUGUAUGUUUUUUCUUCUUUUUUCGCUCACCAUUUCAAUGGAGAAUGCAUUUACAUUACAGUUGGCAUUUU